UUAUGCGUUCUAUACAAGUGUUUUAUAAAGAAAUAAAUGGCAAAUGAAGAUUAUCAAUUCCAAAAUAUUUUGCACUACAGCAGAAAAACGUUCAAGAACAGGAGUAGUAUACCUUUAGAAGUCUACACAAGUAGCAGGAGAGAAGAUGCAAAUGAGGAAUUACCAGACUCUCAGAGGAGUGACAAAGUGACCAUAGACGCUUCUCCAGGCUGCAGUUGCGAGAAUGAUCCGGAUGAGGAAAUAGCCAGCAUUCUUCACAAGAAAUGCCCUGUAAUCGCACUAGCGCAGCGACAGCUACAUAAGCUCUUAGAUGAAACCGAUAAAUUACUGUGUGAUAAUACAAGAUGUUGCAGAUCAGCCUACGAUUUUCUAAUUUUGUGCAAGGAGGCACUCUCACAUCAAAAUAAAUGGUUGGUUAUAUUUUUAGUUUUAAUUGUAUCGACAUUCUUUGUCGGAUUGAUUUUGGGCGCAGCCUCUUGCGGGACGAGCUUACGUAAAUUUAAUAGUCCUAUACUUACAUGUAUUGAUAAUUUUUUCAUAUACGACACUUAUUUAUCAAAUAAAGAAAACUUUCGAGGGAUUUUAUAAAAUUUUCUACACAAUGAGCUAAUUGAAAGUCAUAAAAUGAUAUUACAAGAUAUUUCAAAGAGUAACUUACUUAGGUACCUAUUGUAGUGUUUAUUAUAGAAACAACGUUAAAUAGGUCCCUAGCUGAUUCCGGUUUUAAGUAUCUUUAUAAAAAAAUUAAAUAACAAUAAUUUUGAUGCUUUUUAAGACUUCUCAAUUAUUUAGUUUCAUUAAGACUAAAUGCAGUGCCAUCUCGAUUCCUGUAUUCUUUGUAGAAAAUAAUAGCACCAU